AUGGACCCUGUCAUGGCAUUCAGCACUAUAUUUAAGAAGGCUUCCAACUUUCUGGGGAUUGGGUCAGAUUCCCCAAAACAUCCUCCUCUGGAUGGAGAGAUCAUCUACUGUAAAAACAAUGUAUGUGUGCAUCCCCCAGCACCCAUGACAAUGGAUACAGAGCACCACCCUGGCUAUCUCACUCUCAGGUCACAACAGGAGGAGAACAAUGGUCCUACUCUGAUUCUAACUUGGAUACCUAAUUCCUCUCUAAAGAAAAAUCCUCGUAGCAUAGAGAACAGCCCCAACCGCACUGAUGUGUCUACACCUAAAGUUAGUCCACGGCGGCCCCCACGUCCGGACUUCGCCCGGUCUGACCAGCCCACACCUUCCCCUAGCAGCUCCCCACGAGGUUCAUGUGUGUCCGCCAGCAGUGAUGUGUGUGAUGGUCCAAGCACUAAAACACACAAACGUAUUAGCAUUGACAACAGCAGUGUGUUGUCAGAAUGUUCCCGUGAUGAGUAUUGUGAUAGCUGGGCGCCACACGAAGAUCAUGGACGCAAGUUAAGUACCAGUAAUAAAUCUCAAACAGAUUCAGGGAUAGGUCCUGAUGAGGUGCUGCAGAACAAUGAGCUACCUGCCUCAAGUGUGAGUAAAGGGGUCAGAGUAGGGCUUACUGUCAAUAACCUACAUUGUCAGAAAGAGGGCAAUACUAAUGGUAAAACGACACCUUGUCUCGACUCGUCCUCACCAGACACCAGUGAUGGUCUGACUCCUGAGGAACAGCUUGCAGCUAUGCUCAACAGAAAUAAACUGCGUGCUAAACCUACAAGAGAUCGAAUAGACUCUAAUAAAUCUGUUAGUAUUGAAAUGAAUGGUGACAAUUUAGUGGUGGUAACAGAGGAGGUGGACAGAGCAGAUAAGUACGAUUUACAGGACUGUAACAUUAACAAAAAUGACAGUAAAUUUGACAGUAGUAGUUCCACAGAUGUAGAACAGAACAGUGUGAGUUCCGAUUCCACACAUCCAAGUCCGUCAGGCCGUCAUUACAACAACAUGUUACAGGAACUCAGGGAAGAUAUUGAUAAUAAUGGACAUAUUGAACAGCAAUCUCCAAAAACUUGUCCAAAUGUUCCCACUGAUUUACAACUGGCUCCAUCUUCAAAAAGUUAUCAGAACGAUCUGACAACACCAGAUAUCAGUGUUACAAGGUACCGCCUAUCUUCCUCCUCCUCCACUAGUACAUCAGGGCCUGAUUCUGGCCCACCAAGUCCCUCCCUCGUCUCAUCUCCUGACUGGGACCAGCCCCCAGACACGCCCUCAAGUUGUGAAUCGGGUGCACAUAACCUUACUUUUCCUAACAAUUCCCUUGGCUUAGGAGGAGCACGGCGUGAAAACAGAUGUGCAAAGGACCAAGUGUGUGGUGUGUUCUCUGUGGAUUUAGGACAAAUGCGGUCACUGCGCCUGUUCUACAGUGACCGAGGCUGCAGUAAAGGACAGGUAGUCAUUGCCAGCAGAGAAAGUCAGUACAAAAUUCUUCAUUUCCAUCAUGGAGGCUUGGAUAAACUGGCAGAAAUAUUUGAUGACUGGAAUUUAUUUGCCAAAACACAAGAAAAGAACAAGGAAACAGAUCGAAAUUACAGCCAGUUCUUAAUUGUGCGACCACAGCUGACAGAUGAACAGUGUCAUCCAGAGGAAGGUGUGUAUGGAGUUGUGUGUGAUGAGAUGUGGAAACGACAUAUGACAGUGGACGGUAUUAUAGAGGAAGACUUUCAACUCCGCAAGAGUAUUUUCUUCGGUGGCUUGGAGCCGUCCCUUCGACAUGAAACAUGGCCUUUUCUAUUACAUUAUUAUCCCUAUCGUUCAACUCACGAGGAACGAGAACACAUUCGUAAUGACCGUUACAUCGAUUACCAGAACAUCAGAAAAAAAAGGGAAAUGAUGACGGAAGAAGAACAAGAUGAGUUCUGGCGUAAAAUCCAGUCCAUUGUAGAGAAGGAUGUGGUCAGAACUGACCGGACACAUCCAUAUUUCCGUGGGGAGGACAAUCCUAACAUUGAGGUGCUUAAGAAUAUAUUGCUGAACUAUGCAAUGGCUAACCCACAUAUGGGCUACACACAGGGUAUGUCCGAUCUCCUGGCACCUGUCCUCGCUGAGAUCCAAAACGAGGCAGAUGCUUUCUGGUGCUUCACAGGACUUAUGCAGCGAACACUGUUUGUGAGUUCCCCCAAAGAUUCUGAUAUGGACAAACAGUUGAAUUACUUGCGAGAACUGAUACGUAUCAUGCUGCCAGAUUUCUUUAUGCAUCUCAAGAGACUUGGCCAGGAUGCCAUGGAGCUCCUCUUCUGUCACAGAUGGAUCCUUUUGUGCUUUAAACGGGAGUUCCCUGAAGGGGAUGCCCUAAAGAUCUGGGAAUCUUGCUGGGCCCACUAUCAGACUGACUAUUUCCAUCUUUUUAUCUGUGUGGCCAUUGUUAGUAUCUACGGCGAUGAUGUCAUUGAUCAAGGUCUCCCCGCUGAUGAAAUUCUGCUCCACUUUAGUAGCCUCGCCAUGCAUAUGAAUGGCGACAUGGUGCUGAGGAAGGCACGAGGACUCCUGCACCAGUACAGAAAAAUUCCAAAGAUUCCAUGUACACUGCAUGGCUUGUGUACCCUUUGUGGGCCAGGUAUGUGGGACAGUGGUCAUGUUCCUACAGUAGCUUGUGUUGGUAAUCACCCAGACGGUGUCUGUCCAUAUCAUAGCAACCCCAGUACUCCAAACUCACCGGACCAUCAACAUCAACUAUACAACCCCAGUACUCAGACUCACUGGACCAUCAACAUCAACUCUAGCAACCCCAGUACUCAGACUCACUGGACCAUCAACAUCAACUCUAGCAACCCCAGUACUCAAACUCACUGGACCAUCAACAUCAACUAUAGCAUCCCCAGUACUCAAACUCACCGGACCAUCAACAUCAACUAUAGCAACCCCAGUACUCAGACUCACUGGACCAUCAACAUCAACUCUAGCAACCCCAGUACUCAAACUCACUGGACCAUCAACAUCAACAAUAGCAACCCCAGUACUCAAACUCACUGGACCAUCAACAUCAACUAUAGCAUCCCCAGUACUCAAACUCACUGGACCAUCAACAUCAACUAUAGCAACCCCAGUACUCAAACUCACUGGACCAUCAACAUCAACUAUGGCAACCCCAGUACUCAAACUCACUGGACCAUCAACAUCAACUAUAGCAACCCCAGUACUCAAACUCACUGGACCAUCAACAUCAACAAUAGCAACCCCAGUACUCAAACUCACUGGACCAUCAACAUCAACUAUAGCAACCCCAGUACUCAAACUCACUGGACCAUCAACAUCAACAAUAGCAACCCAAUACUCAAACUCACUGGACCAUCAAUAUCAACUAUAGCAACCCCAGUACUCAGACUCACUGGACCAUCAACAUCAAUUAUAGCAACCCCAGUACUCAAACUCACUGGACCAUCAACUAUAGCAACCCCACUACUCAAACUCACUGGACCAUCAACAUCAACAAUAGCAACCCCAAUACUCAAACUCACUGGACCAUCAACAUCAACUAUAGCAACCCCAGUACUCAAACUCACUGGACCAUCAACAUCAACUAUAGCAACCCCACAACCCCAGUACUCCAAAUUCACCGGACCAUCAACAUCAACUAUAGCAACCCCACUACUCAAACUCACUGGACCAUCAACAUCAACAAUAGCAACCCCAAUACUCAAACUCACUGGACCAUCAACAUCAACAAUAGCAACCCCAGUACUCAAACUCACUGGACCAUCAACAUCAACUAUAGCAACCCCAGUACUCAAACUCACUGGACCAUCAACAGUGGCAACCCCAGUUCUCAAACUCACUGGACCAUCAACAUCAACAAUAGCAACCCCAGUACUCAAACUCACUGGACCAUCAACAUCAACUAUAGCAACCCCAGUACUCAAACUCACUGGACCAUCAACAUCAACUAUAGCAACCCCAGUACUCAAACUCACUGGACCAUCAACUAUGGCAACCCCAGUUCUCAAACUCACUGGACCAUCAACAUCAACAGUAGCAACCCCAGUACUCAAACUCACUGGACCAUCAACAUCAACUAUAGCAACCCCAGUACUCAAACUCACUGGACCAUCAACAUUAACUAUAGCAACCCCAGUACUCCAAAUUCACAGGACCAUCAACAUCAACUAUAGCAACCCCAGUACUCAAACUCACUGGACCAUCAACUAUGGCAACCCCAGUACUCAAACUCACUGGACCAUCAACAUCAACUAUAGCAACCCCAGUACUCAAACUUACUGGAUCAUUAAUAAAAUUAACAUAAAUUACUCCCACAUGAAAAUACCUGAUGCUUUUAUCCGAUAA